CGGCACCCCCCCACACCCUCCCUCCUCCUCCUCAGCCCCGGCGCCUGGAUUCCGCGUCCCCGGGCGGCUCCCGAGACGUAGGAGCGACUCCGCUGCCGGCGCCUGUCAGGUUUGGAGUAGGAGUUGCAGACAACGGUGAAUGAAGCGAGCACAGGAGUGGUAACAGAUUUGUUGUUGACUGUGUGCUGCGCUGAGUGGGGAGCACAGGGAUGGAGUCUGGCAUGGAGGAGAUUCCUGUUAAAGUUGCAGUUCGAAUCAGACCUCUGCUUUCCAAAGAAGUACUUCACAACCACCAAGUGUGUGUGAGAGUGGUCCCAAACACACAACAAAUCAUCAUCGGCAAAGACCGCGUCUUCACUUUUGAUUUUGUAUUUGGCAAAAACUCAACCCAAGAAGAAGUUUAUGCUGUUUGCAUCAAACCUCUUCUGCUGUCUUUGACUGAGGGGUACAAUGCUACAGUGUUUGCAUAUGGACAAACAGGUUCUGGGAAGACUUACACCAUCGGAGGUGGCCACAUUGCAUCAGUUGCAGAGGAUGAAAAAGGCAUAAUCCCGCGGGCUAUUCAGGAAUUAUUUCAGCAUAUUUCUGAAAACUGUAACAUUGACUUUAAUGUAAAAGUAUCUUAUAUAGAGGUGUACAAGGAAGAACUUCGAGAUUUAUUGGAGUUGGAGACCUCUGUGAAAGAAUUACAUAUCCGAGAAGAUGAAAAGGGAAAUACAGUGAUUGUCGGUGCUAAGGAAUUCCAAGUAGAAUGUGCAGAUGAAGUGAUAAGCCUGUUGGAAAGUGGCAACGCAGCUCGUCACACAGGCACAACACAAAUGAAUGAGCACUCCAGUCGAUCUCAUGCCAUUUUUACCAUCAGUAUUUGUCAGAAACAGUCCACAGAGUCUCAAAAAAAUACUGAUGCUGCACAGGAUUCAUCUUCAAAAUCAGUCCAGAUGAUUGCUUCAAAGUUUCAUUUUGUGGACUUGGCAGGAUCAGAGAGGGUGACAAAGACUGGAAAUACUGGUGAACGUUUCAAAGAAUCAAUUCAGAUCAAUAGCGGUCUGUUGGCCUUGGGAAAUGUCAUCAGUGCCCUUGGAGACCCAAAAAGAAAAAGUGUACACAUUCCAUACAGGGAUGCUAAAAUCACUCGUAUUCUGAAAGACUCCCUUGGAGGAAAUGCCAAGACUGUCAUGAUAACAUGUAUAAGUCCAUCCUCAUCAGACUUUGAUGAAUCUUUAAAUUCUCUCAAAUAUGCCAACAGAGCCAAAAACAUUAGAAAUAAACCAGUUGUAAAUUACAACCCCGAUCAAGACCGGAUUGAUGAAAUGGAACUUGAAAUCAGAUUGCUUCGAGAAGCUUUGCAGAACCAGCAAGUUAGUAAUCAGUGUUCACACGAUUUAAAUCAAGAAAGAACUCGUAUCAGCUCACUUGAGGAGCAGCUCACCCGGCUUCAGGUUCAAUGUUUCAGUUACAGAAACUGUAUAGAUGAAGCCUUCCCGUUUCUCAUUGAUCUGAAUGAUGAUGUUAGCUUAAAAAGAAGUCAGCGGGACAGGUUGCAGAGCUGGAUCACUAUGGCACAGGAAGUAAGGAAGGAAGCUCUCACCAUGCAGGAGACUGACACGGGGACUGGCACCGGCCAAGAGCCACAUCACAUCACAAUUCUUCAGCUAAAGAGGGAACUAAAGAAAUGCCAGCAGGCUCUAGUUAUGGAUGAAGAAGUAUUUAGCCAGAAGGAUCAUGAGCUGCUGAUACUGCAGAAUCAGACAAAGACAUUAAUACAGGAAAACGAAGAACAACUGGCAUCUUUAAAGGAGGCUCAAGAAACACAAAGAUUACAGAAUGAGAAAAUGGUGGAGCAGCAAAUACUUAUUGAUCAACUAAAAGAAAAAUUAGAGAACUUCACAGAUGUGAAAAAUUUGGACUUCUCAAACGCUUGUGGAGAUGGGCCAGCUGUUGUGGCAUCUGCAAGGAGGCCAUACAGUGUCCCACUCACAAAGAAUCUGCUACGCUCCCUUCACCCUCCUUCAAGGACAGAGACCCGAAAGGCAUAUACCUGCCCCCCUGACUUUUCCCCGGCCAGGGUCAUGGCAGAAUUCCGUGCCCGCAGCCAGAUGAUACUCAGCAACAUAGAAGAUCAGGAUAAAGUCCUUCACUGCCACCUCUCUGAUCAGAGUGAUGAAGAGGAAGAAAAUACUGGCAGCAAAAAGAAAACCUCACUGAAGCGUUCCAUAAACCAAACACGGACACGAAAGCAGGCUUCUCUGGGCUUUCUUCCUGAUCUAAGUGACACGAAAUGUCAACUAGACAAGUCCGGUUUAUCCAACAAAUCUGCAGUACAGACUGACACAACCACAGGUGAAGAGAUUGACAGCCUCCGGAAAAGUCACGUUUUUAACAUGCAGAAGCUAAAGAAUUCAGAGUUGAGACUCACUGAGGCCGAGCAAAAAAUGAGAGAACUUGCACUUAAUAUCAAAAUGAAAGAGGAGCUUAUUAAGGAAUUAGUAAGAACAGGUAAGGAUGCUCAGUCUGUAAGCAGGCAAUAUUUUUUGAAGAUAACUAAUCUGGAGCAAGAAUCUGAGCAGGCCAAAAUGGAACUGGCUGAAACACAAAAGUGGCUUCAGGAGCUGGAGAGUAAGGAGCUGAGAGACAUUCCUGAGAAAGCCAAGUUACAAAAAGAGUUCCGGAAGAAGAUGGAUGCAGCUAAGUUAAAAGUGCAGGCCUUAGAGAAGAAGCAGCAGGACACUAAAAGUCUGGCUUCAUUGUCUAACCAAAGUAAGAGACAAGCAACAGAACUUGAGCAGAACGUGGCUCAGAUGAAGCACCAUCAGACCCAGCUACAGAAAAGACUGUGUGAGGAGAGUGAAAAGAAGAAGCAACUAGAAGCAGAGAUUCAGCGGGACCAACAACAAAUUAAAGAACUUGAACUAAAGAUGGAGCAACAACAGAAGAUCCUUAAGGAGAAAGAGAUUGCUGCAUUUAAAAAAAAGAAGAAUGACUCAGUGGGAACUUCACAGAAGCUACAGAAAUUAGAAGAGCAAAAGAAAUGGCUGGAUGAAGAAAUGGAAAGAAUUCUCCAACAGCACCAACAGUUAGCAGAACUAGAAGAAGAUUUAAAGAAAAGAGAAGCCAUUUUAGCAAAAAAAGAAGCAUUACUGCAAGAGAAAAGCCACCUGGAAAUCAAGAAACUGAGAUCUAGCCAGGCUUUAAACAAAGAUAGUAUGAAAUUGUCUACUCGCUUAAGUAUGCUGGAUCAGGAACUGUGUGAUAAAGGUAUGCAGCUUCAGGGAAGCACCACUGAAGAUAAGACAGACAUUUUGGAAAAAAUUCAGGUUCUCCAGACGGAAAGGGAUCAGCUGCUCAGAAGAAAAAAUAGUGUGGAUGAGAAACUGAAAGAUGGUAAAGUGUUGUCAACUGAAGAAGAACACGUCCUUUUCCAGCUGGAAGAAGGAAUUGAAGCCCUGGAGGCUGCUAUUGAUUACAAGAAUGAAAGUAUUCAGAAUCGCCAGCACUUGCUUAGGUCAUCUUCUCAGAUUCUUUCACAGACCGAGAAUAAUGUAAUAGGAAAACUAUUUUCCCUGUCUGCUGCUGAGCUCAGAGCUAUCCUCUUCAAAUAUUUCAACAAGAUUGUUGGUCUACGCGAGUCUCAACGUAAAUUACAACUGCAGAUUGAAGAACAGGAAAUGAAGGCCAUAGACCAGGAAAACAUAAUACGUGAAUUAGAAUCUGCACUUGAACACGUCAAGUUGCAGUGUGACAGGCGGCUGACCCUACAACACAAAGAACAUGAGAAAAAACUACAGUUAAUAUUGCGUCAUUUCAAAGAACAAGAUAAUGAAGGUAUCACAGAAACCUUGAAAGGGUAUGAAGUGAAAGUCCAGCAACUGGAAAAAGACUUAUUUUUCUAUAAGAAAACCAGCAGAGAGCUGAAGAAGAAACUGAAGGGCCUCGUUGGAGAGUCAUCCAAUCAACUAUUGGCAUCCACUAAAUAUAACAGUGGUGACAAAGUAUGCAGUCAAGAUGAAACAGAAUUUGCUCCUGUAGAAUUCAAGUCCACACUUAACCUUGAAACCAAUAGUCAACCAGGGAAAAUAAAAGAAACAAACAGGAUGAGUAUUUUAAGAGCACAGCAGAAAUCAUGCAAGCUUGGAGAAGAUGUUUCAGAAUCUGGGUGCAACAAAGAAUGUUUGUUGAGCACUAGUGAUGACAAAACAGGAACAGAUGAAGCUCAGCCUUCAAAUUCUCAUCCUCAGCUGCCUUCUGUCAUCCAGAAAAGAGAAACUGGAAUACAGUUUCAAGGACUAACUCCAGUAAAACUAUCUCGCCGAGAGCUACGUCAUAUUCCUGCCCCUGAAUUAUCUUUGAGACGUUCAAGCCUUGCAGGUGGUGUCAGCUUUAGUGCUCCAGAUUCUAUCGAAAUGGACAAAAAGUCUAAUGUCACUAAGACAUAGUUAAUCUUCAUUGCAUUUCUAAUAGCUGUUGCUACUGAAGCAACUGUAUGAGAGUUCUUUGUUCAUGGUCUUGUUAAGGACCAACCAUGGAUAAGUGAGUAAGUAUUCUUUAGUUCUUAUUGCUCACUAUCGAGUCAUUAGGUGCUAUGCUUACACAGUUUCAGUGAAUUUGAGAUGGAUUUUAAUUGACACAAUAUCUAAAAACGUUAAUUCAAAGUCUUUUUAACAUUGAAGAAAUUAUUUAUAUUGGUUUAGUUUUUUGCAGUAACUUCCAAAAAUAAAAGUUUUUUCAAAAAUUGCACUGUAAACUGCAAUGUACUUGUGUAACUUAGGUUUUCUAAAACAAUAUUGUACUUCACUUUCUUGGGUCAGAAACAGUAACAAACUACUUAUUUGGAUAUAUAGCUAGAAAAUUUAGUUGCCAGACUGUUACCUAGUAUUGAUAACGACUGGCUUCUGUACGAUUUUUAUCUAAAAACAUUUUAUAUGAGCCGUGUUUGAGAUCAAAAUUUGUUCCUUCUCAGGAACACAGAAGUACUUACUCUUCUUUUUUUCUUUCUUACGGCUUAUUUAUGAAAGAUAAUUGCUUAUUUCACUUUCUAGUUUUGUUUGUUGGGCAUUUAAAGAAUUUCACUUGGCAACUUGAAGUGUGAUAUUUAUUUCUGUACUACUAACAUGGAAAAAAAAACUGAGGACCAAAUUCAGCAUCCUCUAGGUAAGCCAGAUAGAUCAAUGUAUUAUUUUAUUUGUACUAAUAACUCACGUCUUUUCAUAUACAAAUUAUUUUUCUGGAUUCUAUGUCUGCCUCAGAGUAAGGACUACACAUGUCCUUCUGUUUACUGCUAUAAUGUUGUUAUUAUUAAUGCAGUGCAAUGCAGGAUGAAAAGCAAAUCUUUUUUGUAAGAGGCCUACACUGAUUAGGCAUGUGCUUAACAGCUGCACAAACUUGAAGGCAGAGACCAGCAUAUUCACAUUUAAUUGAGAUUAACAUUUCUAUCUGUAAUGUCCACAUUUAAAUGAGAUUAACAUUUCUAUCUGGAACUCUCACCUACAUAAAAAGUGGAAGUACUGAAAGUAAGGUUAGUUUUAUUUUAGUGGUGGACGUCAGCCAGUCAUGUUUGAAAAUGUUGUCUUAGAUUAUUAGAUGCACUUAGAAAAGGAAAUUUUGCUUUCUGGUAUUGUCUAGGCAAGGUCUUGUGUAUAGCAUGCAUGGCUACAGGUAUAAAAGAACUGCAUUUUUGCACUGCUGCAAAUCUGUCUACAUUACAAAGAUCUGUUACAGCAUGAUAAAUGGACCUACUGUCCUGUGGCACAUUUUAAAAUUUUCUGAGUAGACUGCAAAAUAUUUCAUUCUAAUCAGACAAAUAAACCACUUAAUGUGUCAAAUGAUUGUAUCUUUUGCAGUUACACCUAAUUACUACCUACUGUUUGGCUGAAUUGUGAGAAAAGGAUUGGGGUCUGUCUUGAUUGUUUCUGGAUUAGGCUUUAUUGUUUUUACUGUCAUGGAAGUACUGUGCCUUAAGCUUAAUAUUAGUGUAUAUGUUGUUCACUUAGUAUUUCUAGUCAAAAAGCAAUAAACAGAAACAAGUAAAUACAGUUUCA